AUGACAGCUGCCCUGAUCAACCCUGAAACAGAAAGGCCAGGAUCCAGCCGUACCUCAAUGGACCCCAGGGGCAUCUUGAAAGCAUUUCCCAAGCGGAAGAAAAUCCUUGCCAAUCCAUCAUCAAAAGCACCUGCAAAGAUUCCCAAGAGGGAAGACGAAGAAGAAGCAAGAGAGUGGCUGAGUUCCCUGCGGGCCCAUGUUGUGCCCACUGGCAUUGGGCGAGCCCGGGCAGAACUCUUUGAGAAGCAGAUUGUCCAACAUGGUGGCCAGAUAUACUCUGCCCAGGCCCCAGGGGUCACUCACAUUGUGGUGGAUGAUGGCAUGGACUGUGAGCGAGCCCUUCGCCUCCUUAGACUGCCCCGGCUGCCCCCAGGUGCUCAGCUGGUAAAGUCAGCCUGGCUGAGCUUGUGCCUGCAGGAGAGAAGGCUGGUGGACACGGCAGGAUUCAGCAUCUUCAUCCCCAACAGGUACCUGGACCAACCACAGCUCAGUAAGGCAGACCAAGACUCUUCUACCGGAGCUUGUGAGGCUCUGCUCAGGACAGCCCUCUCUCCUCCCCCUACUCCCACUAGACCCGUAUCUCCUCCCCAGAGGAUAGAAGAAGCUCCAAACGCCCAUGCCCAGCCCGGCUCUGAUGAUGAAACCAGUGACGGGGAAGAGACCCAAGUUAGCGCAGCUGAUUUGGAAGCCCUGAUCAGUGGCCGCUACCCCAUCCCCCCUGAGGGGGAUGGUGAGCCUAGCCCAGCCCCCGAGGGUCUGAAUAAGUGGGUCUGUGCACAGCCUUCGAGUCAAAAGGCGACCAACCACAACACCCACAUCACAGAAAAGCUGGACGUGCUGGCCAAAGCCUACAGCGUCCAGGGAGACAAGUGGAGGGCCCUGGGCUAUGCCAAGGCCAUCAAUGCCCUCAAGAGCUUCCACAAGCCUGUCACCUCCUACCAGGAAGCCUGCAGUAUCCCUGGGAUUGGGAAACGGAUGGCCGAGAAGAUCAUAGAGAUCCUAGAAAGUGGACACCUGCGGAAGCUGGACCACAUCAGCGAUAGCGUGCCUGUCUUGGAACUCUUCUCUAAUAUUUGGGGAGCUGGAACCAAGACUGCCCAGAUGUGGUACCAACAGGGUUUCCGGAGCUUAGAAGACAUCCGCAACCAGGCCUCCCUGACUACCCAGCAGGCCAUUGGCCUGAAGCAUUACGAUGACUUUCUGGAACGCAUGCCCAGGGAGGAGGCUGCCGAGAUUGAGCAGACAGUCCGGGAAUCGGCUCAGGCCUUCAACCCUGGGCUGUUGUGCGUGGCCUGCGGUUCCUACCGACGGGGGAAAGCUACCUGUGGUGAUGUGGACGUGCUGCUCACUCACCCGGAUGGCCGGUCUCACCAGGGCAUCUUCAGUCGCCUCCUUGACAGCCUUCGGCAGCGAGGGUUCCUGACUGAUGACUUGGUGAGCCAGGAGGAGAACGGUCAGCAGCAGAAGUACCUGGGUGUGUGCCAGCUCCCAGGACCAGGGCGACGGCACCGACGACUGGACAUCAUCAUUGUGCCCUACAGCGAGUUUGCGUGCGCCCUGCUCUACUUCACCGGCUCUGCCCACUUCAACCGCUCCAUGCGGGCUCUGGCCAAGACCAAGGGCAUGAGCUUGUCGGAGCACGCCCUCAGCACAGCUGUGGUGCGGGACAGCCGAGGUCUCAAGGUGGGGUCUGGCCGAGUGCUUCCCACCCCGACUGAGAAGGAUGUCUUCAGGCUCCUAGGCCUGCCCUACCGAGAACCAGCUGAGCGGGACUGGUGACCAUGGUCGAGGCGGAAGGGGUACCCAUUGGACCAGCUGCCCCAGCUGGCUUCCCGGUACUCCUCUCUGGCUGAACCUCACCACUUCAAUCACCAGCUCCCUGGGCCUGAGGGAAAGGGCCAGCCUAGCUCCCAGGCUCUGCCCUGCCCUCCCCUGACAAGGGAGGCUGCUCUCCCUUCUGCACACAGCUGCCCUUGGUAGAAGCUUGCACGUGGCCCAUUGCCCCACGUUAAGCAGGAACCGGUGGCUGGUUUGAAGCCAGCUCUUGUGCUGAAGGCCCGGGCAUCCCCUUCCUCUACCCUGAGGAGGGUCUAGCUGCUGGGGGUGGGAUGGGGCUGCAGGGGUGAGGCGAGCAGCUCUGGCCCAGCAUUACCCAAGACCCUUUGGAGCAGGAGAAUGAACCACUUCGCGUACUCCCUCUACCCACCCCACUUCCUGUGCAGCUGGAGGUGUUGGGAGAGGGUGCCUCAGGCUCCGUGAGGACAGCAUUGGAAGACCCAGGGGCCCAGUAAAGUGCGUUUGACAUUCAACCUGCCUGUGGUCUGAGCUGCUGCAGCCCCUGCCUGCCUUCUUCCACCAGGUGGGCAUGAAGAGGGGACUGAGUGGGAGCCCCGAAAUGCAAGUUAGCUGCUCUUCUAUAGGCCAGGCCCGAGUCAGCUCCUGAACCCAGAAGGACACUGGUGGACGUGGAAAGGGAGAACUCCUGGAGUCAGGCAUUUAGGGGUGCCUGUCUUCCCAUCAGCACCUCCUGUGGGCCCUGCCCUGGAACAGGCUUUCUGGGAACAUGAACAAAGACUAGCCCCGUUGGCAUGGCUCAGUGAUUGAGCGUCAACCUAUGAACCUGGAAGUCAUGGUUCGAUUCAUCGUCAGGGCACAUGCCCGGGUUGCGGGCUCGAACCCCAGUGUGGGGUGUGCAGGAGGCAUCUCAUCAAUGAUUCUCUCUCAUCAUUGAUGUUUCUCUCUCCCUUUCCCUCCCUCU